GCAGGAAUAGGAGAUACACUCUUCUGUGCCCAGCCGUAUGGAUGUGACACUAUCAGAUGACUCAGCAGUAGUGCACGGAGGAGAACCGUAUUUGUGUGAUCAGGUGAAGACUGAGGAGGAUGAAGUUCCUAUAAAUACGUCUACAGAUGAAGAUAACACUGAUAUAGUAAAAGUUGAGAUAACAGAAGAUCUGUGUGUGAGGCAACAGCCAGGAGUACCAGAUGUGGAAACCAGUGACAGUACCAACCCAGACGAAGAUAACGCUGAUAUUGUGAAAGUUGAGAUAACAGAAGAUUUGUGUGUGAGGAGUCAAUUGGGAGCUGAGGAUGAAGAAACCAGUGACAGUAUCAUCCCAGGUAGCUUCACAAACUGCAUGGGAAAUGUAUGUUCUGGAUGCGGCAAAUAUUUUACCAAGAAAUCAAAUCUUAUUAGACAUCAGAAAAUUCAUACAGGAGAGAAAUCAUUUUCAUGUACAGAAUGUGGGAUUUUUUUUACAUGGAAAUCACAACUUAUUUCUCAUCAGAGUAUUCAUACAGGAGAGAAAAGAUUUACAUGUUCUGAAUGUGGAAAAUGUUUUACCUGGAAAUCACAACUUAUUACUCAUCAGAGUAUUCACACAGGAGAGAAAAGAUUUUCAUGUUCUGAAUGUGGGAAAUGUUUUACUCAGAAACCAACUCUUAUUACUCAUCUGAAAAUUCAUACUGGAGAAAGGGCAUUUACAUGUUCUGAAUGUGGGAAAUGUUUUACUUGGAAAUCAACUCUUAUUAAUCAUCACAAAAUUCAUACAGGAGAGAGAGCAUUUUCAUGUUCUGAAUGUGGAAAAUGUUUUUCCAAGAAAGCAAAUCUUAUAAAUCAUCAGAAAAUCCAUACAGGAGAGAGAGAAUUUUCAUGUUCUGAAUGUGGGAAAUGGUUUACUCUAAAAUCAACUCUUAUUAGUCAUCAGAAAAUUCAUACAGGAGAAAAGGCAUUUUCAUGUUCUGAAUGUGGGAACUGUUUUACUCGUAAAUCAUCUCUUAUUUAUCACCAGAAAAUUCAUACUGGAGAAAAGGCAUUUUCAUGUUCUGAAUGUGGGAAAUGUUUUACUGUGAAAUCAAAUCUUAUCACUCAUCAAAAAGUUCAUACUAAAGAUAAAACAUUUUAAUGUUCUACGUAUUGAAAAUCAGAUAUUUGCCUCUUAUGUACGGAGAAUGUCAUGUAGUACUCAUCUGCAUAAUGUCUAGAGCGCUGAUGACAACUACAUGCCAUCCUCCUGGGGGGAGGCACACUUUCAGAGCUGAUCAUGGCCCUCCUGCUUCUCAAGCAGUUGUGGGGUGGCGUGAUGAUGUCGCAAAGUCCAGGAAGUGCCAGGCUGCUACAUUGGAUGUAGAAAAGGGAUAUAGAUAGCUGGUGAGUAAAACGCCUUGAUCUCAGCUCUCUUAAGGCCUAGAUACCCCCAAGACACCCUCCAUUUGAAAGGCAAUUGUCUGCUCUUUCAAAUGUCUUUGCCUAAGGGAUAUCAAUUUAACAAAACUAAAAUAAUAACCAGCACAUUUUUGUAGUGCAGGGUCUCUAAGUUACAAUAUAGGUCAUCAAAAAGGUAUA